AUGGAUAGCACUAGGGAUACCAAUCUCAUGUUGUUUGAUUCCCUAGCAAAAGAGAUUGUUCAUAAUGAAGCAUCCGAGUUACUCGGCGGUGUAAUUGACGAGAUCGAAGAUCCUGAGGACUUGCCUGAAGGUUUACAGGCUUUGUGUGGGAAGACAUUUCAGUUUGUCAUUGCGGUCGACAAAGCUAAUCUUGGAGGAGGGCAUGGUACUUACAAAGUCAUCAAGGUCCUUUCUACACUUGGCAUGAUUGAUGAAAGUCAAGCGUACACCGAAUCCGCAAAAGAUGUUACUCCAUCUGAACUCAUUUCCGGUGAUCAGAGUGUAUUGAUGUUGGAGGACAGCAACGAAGUCAUUCUUGAAGAAGGCACGUUGAACGGAGGUACGCCCAUUUCCAAGAAACGUGGGGAGAUCGCGGCAGAUGUGAGUUUGGCUGAUUUGGAGAGUUCCAACAAGAAAGCAUGUCUGAAAGAGGUUAAGAUUGAGGCGAUUGAGAAGAUGAAGGGAGUGGCGUAA